AUGUCUGCUUCGCUAUCAGCAUCCUUAUCCUGGCAUUCUUUAAGCAGAGCAUUUGAAAUAACGUACGUAAAGAUUGCCUUCCACCUGAGCAGGCCAGAGAGUUUCGCCAUCUACAAGAAGAUGUCCCCCGAUGGUCCCUGGAUACCCUACCAGUUCUACAGCGAAUCCUGUCAAUCAACCUACAACCUUCCGAAGAACGAGAAGAUCACGGAUAUGAACGAGCACAGAGCCACGUGCACCAACGCCCACAGCGGGAUCACCCCCCUGGUAGGGGACAGGGUGACCUUCAGUACCCUCGAGGGCAGACCGAGUGGAAAACAUUUCCAUGAUAGUCCGAUGCUCCAAGAAUGGGUGACGGCCACUCACAUCCGAAUCGCCCUGAACCGGAUCAACACCCUCGGAGACCAGGCAUUCAAGGAUUCGAAGACCAUGCAAUCCUACUACUACGCCAUCUACGAUGUUGCGAUUGGAGGGAAUGGCGGACCUGGAGGUACCAGGGGUCUACGCCCCAAGUUGUGA